UGGCAAUGAUGAUCCAGGUACCUAGGUAUGAUCUCGUAAUAGCUCCCAUUUAAAAGGUCGGGAGAAGUAUAAGUACCUAGGUACCUACAGCACAUUCAAGAAACUUUUCCUAGUGUUUGGAAUCUCAAAAAUCACUCCAGAAGACCUCAUAAUUUUUAAUCAUCCACCUUCCUCUACUUACUUCACCAUUAUUGAGCAUGUCUUCAGUAGUUGCAGUCAGGGGACAAGAGGUUAAGUCUUCAAUUGCACCAGCCGAGGAGCAAUAUACUACCCCCUUUCAAAAUGGAGUAGAUAUGCAAGCACUGGAGAGAAUCUCCGACAAAAUCGACGAGCUCAACGUCAUCAAAGCCGAUAUGAAAAAGCCUGGCGCUGAGAAAGAUAAGACGCUAUUUCGACGAUAUGAUGGGUCGCAAGACCAUGUUAUAAUCUUUUACACAGAACAACAUCUAAAACAAACCGUGGAAUACAAUAUCACGGCUCGUCAAGUAUUCGCCAAUAGGGAACCGGGUAAAAUGUCAGUAAUGGACGCUGCGAAGCUUCUCGAUAAAUUUGUUGAUCAAUCAGACCCUGAUACUCAGGUUGGUCAACUGGAGCACCUUUUUCAGACAUCCGAGGCGGCAAGACUGGCUGGACGGCCCGAUUGGUACGUCGUGACUGGUUUUGUUCAUGACCUGGGCAAACUAUGGUGCCUCAUGGGUGGCCAAGGACAGUGGGAUACUGUCGGAGAUACCUUCAUAGUAGGCGCUGAAUACUCGAAGCGGAUCGAAUUAUAUGAGAGUCUCAAAGACAACCCUGACUUCAAUGAUCCUCGCUAUAACACCAAAUACGGUAUCUACUCUCCAGGUUGUGGAUUAGACAAUGUCAUGAUGUCAUGGGGUCAUGAUGAAUUUCUUUACCAGGUUCUCAAAGACCAAUCUACUCUUCCACCUGAGGCCUUGGCAAUGAUCCGCUAUCAUUCGUUCUACCCAUGGCAUCGUGAGAAUGAAUAUUCACAUUUCGAGAAUGAUCAUGACCGAGCGAUGAAGCCAUGGGUACAGGAUUUCAACCAGUUUGAUCUUUACAGCAAGAGUGAUAGCCCUCCUGAUGUUGAAAAGCUUACUCCAAUGUACGAGAAAAUGAUAGCCAAGUAUUUUCCUGCUGAGGUCAACUUUGGAAAACUUUUAAAGCGACCAACGAGCAGCAGCAACAGUAGUUGAGCGAAAGUGCUUGAGCUAUAUUACUUCGACAUGAUGAGGAAUGACUUUCACGCUUUACGAAAUGAUGAAAACUCUCGACACAAAUAGCGGGCGAAAUAUCAUGGAUAAAUUUUUGGAUUGGGCAGGUGAUUUUUUGUACUGCAUAGACUUGAACGGCGAUCUAAAAGGAAUUAAGAAAUUACUUGGGUAUCAUUCCCGGCCACAUGAACUUGAACUGUGGCUUGAUUCGAAAUGUGAGGUUUGAAUGUUUGGUGUCUUUAUAGUGUAAUGAUGAGAGGGGUGUUAGGGCUAGUUUGGAUGUAAAAUCCAUGCUGAAUCCACUGAAAUAAUCUGCACUUUAUGCCAUUGCGGAUUUUGCGGUAGUAUCAAUCCGCUUCAAAAAGAGCGGAUUAUUAAUCUGUGGUUUUAUAGUUUGGAUAUCAAAUCCGUCAAAUAAUCUGUGGUUUUUUUAGAAUAUUCAAUUUAAAC